AUGGAUCCAAUAGGAAGGGGAGCUGGAAUUUCGCCAUACGGCACUCCGCGUGGUUCUGGCGCGCAUCCUGCGUUAUCGUCUUCAUGGCGGGUGGGCUCACCUCUAGCUGAGGCUGCUCUGGCUGCCGAUAUUGCCGCAUGCUCGGAUGAGGAGUAUGAUGAUAGUGCUAUCGACGACGAUGUCUCUGUAUCUGACCUCCCGGGCGAUCCCAUCAUGUAUCGUCGUCCCAGUGGUGUUGCUUUUGGAGGCUCGCGGCCGAUAAUGAACCCUCAAAUAUAUGACGAGCCAGGUUUGACGGCCUUAGAAAGGAAGCAGUCUCGUAACGCUGAGCGCAGUCUACUCCGGGACAACCAUGUUCUCCCGCCAAAGCACGGGCACCGUCAGCGAGACGGUUUCCUCACUCGUAUCUAUCAACGUCUUUUUAGCACGAAGAUACCGCAGGAUGAGGAACAGGCACCCGCUGUCUCAGUUCAGCCUCCUAGCGAAACAGACCCUCUCUUGGGCUCCCGAGUUGACGCUUUGUCGCCUGAGCAUCUCAAUGAAACAUGGGAACAUGCGGUGGCUGAGCAUCGAAUCAAGACCACCUGGCAACGUGAAGCGAAGACCAUCGCAAGCUACUCUGCGCCCCUCAUCGUUACUUUCCUCUUGCAAUAUUCGAUUAACGUCACCAGUAUCUUUGCCGUUGGGCGAAUUGGCAAACUUGAACUGGGUGCUGUGUCAUUGGCUAAUAUGACUGCGGCUAUUACUUGCCUGGCGCCUUUCCAGGGUCUCGCUACUUCUCUUGAUACUUUGUGUGCUCAGGCUUAUGGAUCUGGCCACAAGCAUCUUGUUGGGCUGCAGUUUCAGCGAAUGACUUGCUUCUUAUUCGUACUUGCUGUGCCGGUUGCUGUGUUUUAUUGGUUUUCUGAAGGCGUCAUCAGAGCGCUUGUUCCGGAGCCCGAAUCAGCCCGUCUGGCUGGCAUGUACCUCCGGGUGAUGAUCUUCAGCAUCCCAGGUUUCAUUCUCUUUGAAGGUGGCAAGCGCUUCACCCAAGCCCAAGGUUUGUUCCGCGCCACGACAUAUGUCCUUCUCAUUGUUGCGCCCUUCAAUGUUUUUCUGAGCUGGCUCUUGGUCUGGAAGUUGGAGUGGGGUUUCAUUGGUGCUCCUGCAGCUGUCGCCAUCAGCACCAACCUCCUCCCCAUCUUCCUCUUCCUGUAUGUUCGUUUCAUCAAUGGUCGUCAGUGCUGGGGUGGCUUUAGUCGACGAGCUCUUAGCAACUGGUGGAUUAUGAUUCGACUUGCUUUGCCGGGUAUGAUCAUGGUUGAGGCAGAAUGGCUCGCCUUUGAAAUCUUGACCCUGAUGGCGAGCCGAUUUGGCCCAGAGUAUCUGGCUGCGCAGAGUGUUGUGACCACUAUCACGACACUCUCGUACGAAAUUCCAUUCCCUAUGUCGAUUGCCGCCUCAACUCGCAUCGCCAACCUCAUUGGAGCUGGCCUCGUUGAGCCGGCCAAGAAGACGGGUGUUGUGGCUUUCGCUGCCGCAUGUCUCAUCGGAAUGUUCAACCUUACUCUCUACACCACUCUGCGAUAUAAGCUACCUCUGUUGUUCACCAAGGACGACGACGUUAUCGAACUUGUUGCAGCAGUCAUGCCUAUUGUAUCAGUCAUGCAGGUAUUUGACGGCCUUGCAGCAGGAGCCCACGGCUUACUCCGAGGCAUUGGAAAGCAAUCAAUUGGUGGCCCCGCCAAUAUCCUCUCGUACUAUGCUCUCUCACUUCCCGUCUCACUUGCUUUGGCAUUUGGCCUUGGCUGGAAGCUAGAGGGCUUGUGGAUUGGAGUUACGUGCGGAACUAUCUCUGUCGCAUUGAUCGAGUAUAUCUACCUGCUCCGAACCGAUUGGCACAAGGCCGCUGAGGAGGCAGCAGUUCGUAACGCUGCUGGUUAA